AGGCACUUGGUAUUACAUUUUGUCAAAAUCGGUGAUACAAUUCCAAAAUUGCUGUAAUGCCUAUGUGCUACCCAUGUGUAUCAAAAUUUGAUAGCUGUUACGCUUAUAAGCCUCAUAAACUAAAAAUGACCAACAAUAACAGUGAAGUGCCGAAGAUCAUUCGGAGGGUUUCCCUUAAACCACAAAUUGUAUCUGGAAUGGAUAAACCUCCUAAAUCGAUUCCAUUGGGUGACCAAUCUAAAGCUGUUUUAAGACAACAACUUAUGGUCGUUUUAAUAAACAUGGGCUUGCUAGUUGGUGGAAUGAGUUUGGCCUUACCAGCUGUUACACUCAAUCAACUCACAGAUCCAAAUGGAGAACUUCGUUUUGACAAAUCUCAAGCAUCUUGGUUUGCUUCAGCCAGUUCGAUAGCUUGUCCAAUUGGUUCAUUUUUGAGUGCUGUGAUGAUCGAUAGACUUGGAAGAAAAAUGACAAUAUCUAUCACUAACGUUAUAGCUAUUAUUUCAUGGGCUUUAAUGGGUUUUCAAAUAAGUCAAGAUCGGGAAUUGAUAUUUAUCCAGUUGAUUAUUUCUCGAUUUAUUUCUGGAAUUGCUACGGGGAUGGGAGUUUCACCAGCUGGUGUUUAUGGAGCUGAAGUAUGUUUGCCAAGGCUUCGAGCAAGACUCACUAUGGUGAUAUCAAUGGCGGUUGCUGCUGGAGUAUUGUUUAUUUAUACUGUUGGAUAUUUCAUACGAAGUGACUGGAGGCUUAUUGGAAUUAUACUUUUUGGAUACCAAGUUGUCUGUUUCCUCCUAUUGUUUUUGGUGAAAGAAACUCCUGGUUGGUUGCUAUUUAAAGGGCGAUCUGAAGAAGCUGAGUCUUCUUUAUCCUACUUCAGAGGGCUUGAUGAAGGGCAAAUUCAUGAAGAAGUAGAAACAGAAUUUGAAAUACACAAAAAAACUAUCCAACUCAAGGCCGGAGAGAAAAAAGAAUCGUUGCUAAAAUCACUUCGUCUACCCGAAGUUCGAAAGCCUUUCAUUCUAUCCAUUGUCUUCUUUACUAUGCAGCAAUUUUCAGGAACUUUUGUUGUCAUUGUGUACGCCGUUCAAAUUCUCAACAAAGCUGGUGUACUUUUAGAUCCAUUUUUGUGUGCAGUUUAUCUUGGAAUAGUACGAUUUUUCGUUGCCACAUUCGUUAUGACAUGGGAAUUGGAAAAAUGGGGUCGUAAAACAGUUGGAAUAUUUUCAGCUUCAUGCAUGGCUUGUUGCAUGUUACUGUUAGCUGGUUCAAGUUGGUUUACUUGGUUACAAGAACCUCUACUUCCAGCAGCAGUUAUGAUUAUUUUUGUAUUUGCAUCAGCUGGAUUAUGGGCUUUACCUUUCUUGAUACUUCCUGAAAUUUUUCCACAAAAAGUUCGUGGUACUGCUUGUGGAAUGUCAGUUGGAAUAGCUUAUACAAUGUCAUUUUGUGCGAUAAAAUCAUAUUAUUGGAUGGUCGAUUUGAUGGGAAAUGGAAAUGUUUUUGCAUUCUAUUGCACAAUGGCCAUACUGACAGCAUUGUUUAUAUUGUUCUGUAUUCCAGAGACUAAGGGAAAGACUUUUUUGGAAAUUGAAGAACGUUUUCGAAUUGGAAAGAAGGGUAUUCGAGAAAAGGAAAUGGAUGUAGAAAUGAAAGAAGUUUUCAUACAGAAAAAUGUAGAAAAUGGACAAACGAAAGUUGAAGAAGAUAAUUGAAAAUAUUUUUCAAUAGACCUUAAGUAUUGUAAUUAUAUUUCAUCACUCAUUUAAUUUGUAUAUAAUAAGAUUAGAGUUAAAGUUUAUUUAUGUUAUACUCACGUCAAAAGUUUGCAACUUCUGUUGGU